AUGGCGACCCAAAAUAUUGAUGAGGCCGUUGUGGCCAACAACCUGUUCAAUGUCGAUGGACUUGUGGCCUUCAUUACAGGUGGUGGAACUGGCAUCGGUCUGAUGAUGGCCCGAGCCCUGGCAAAAAAUGGUGCCGCCAAGGUCUAUAUCGGUGGCCGUCGACUGGAGGUCCUCGAAGAGGCUGCGGCGUCUCUAGGCCCAAAUGUCGUGCCUGUCAAGUGUGAUGUGACGUCCAAGGAAAGCCUACAGCAGGCUGUAGACUUCAUCAAGCAAGACACCGGCUAUCUGAAUGUCUUGGUCUGCAAUUCAGGCAUUGGAGGACCUAACACUAUUCAAAUCCAGGACGACACGUCGAUUGAGGAGUGGGCAGACUCAAACUGGAACAUCAGCUUUGAAGACUACACGAAUACGUUUGCGGUCAACACAAGCGCUGUCUGGUACACCGCCAUUGCCUUUUUGAAGCUUCUCGACGCGGGUAACAAAAAGGGCAACUUGGAGCAAAGCUCCCAGAUCAUCGUCACCAGCUCCAUUGCCAGCUUCAACAAGGCCGCACCAGGAGGCUGGGCUUAUGGCCAGUCAAAAGCGGCAGCAACACAUAUAGCCAAGCAUCUCUCAACCGCACUGCCACGGUGGAAUAUCAGGACGAACUGCAUUGCCCCGGGAUUGUUCCCGAGUGAAAUGGCCGCACCCAUCGUUAACAGCUUCAACGAGAAGUCGGAUACCCCAGGCAAAGUGCCCGCGCAGUUCAUACCCUUGCAGAGAAUGGGCAACGACCAGGACAUGGCUGGAACCAUUUUGUAUCUGAUUUCAAGAUCAGGAGCCUACUGCAAUGGGCUUGUCAUUGUUAUUGACGGUGGACGCCUUUUGAGAUUUCCCUCAUUGUACUAG